AUGGCGGUGAUGGAAGACCGCAGGACGUGGAAAAACGUUAUGAUAAGGGGCAUACCAGAGCAGAUCGGCACAGCCGAAAUCCCUCACCUAGUCAGGAGAUUACUUACACACCUCUUCUCAGCCAAGCAGGCCAAAAUGAUGGCCCUGGAUGGAUGCUUCAGACUCCCAGUGCCUACAUCAUGCUCCACCGAGGGGAACAGGGAUGUCAUCGCCCGAUUUCAAAAUGGGCCAGAUAGGCAAGCGUUCCUAACAGCGUUGCAGAAUAAAUCACCAUAUGACUUUAAAGGACACACGCUAAUGUUUUAUACAGGCCUAUCCAGAGCAAUACUGGAGUGGCGCAGGUCCUUAAAACCACUGACAAUGGAAUUGAUAUGA